CCCCGUUGUUUGCCUUGCUUUUUGAAUUGAGCUCUAACAGCAGGCUGACACCUCCUCUGGACUGCCGUGAAGCAACUGUCAACAAACUACAGCAGACACUUUUCGACCAUUUGGACUAUUCUCACGCUUGAACGCCAACAUGCGUCGAUACCAGACUAAGGCCUGAGAGAUGUUACACAUAUUUUAAACAGGUAUCGGACCGAAGAAGAACUCCAAAGAACUCUUCAUUGUGUUGUUGACUUACUAGCUCAGUAGCUAGCAAAAUUAGCCGGAGAGCUUAUUGAAAUAAACUGGUUGAACAGCCAGUCAGCUCAUCUCUCGGUUUAUUUUUUUUAAAGCUAAAGUAGCAGCCACAGGAACAGUCGUUUGGACAGUUUGGUGCCUCCUUAAGUUCCUGCCAUGGCUGACAGCAGCAUAGUGACUUUGGGGACGGCUCGGAGUCUGCUGGUGGAUUCUUCGGUCUAUGAUUCGAGGAUCGCUGAAACCACCAAGGACCAUGUAUUUCUGGGCAUUGAUUGUGAAGACGGGGAAGAUAUGUUGCCAAAAGUGGAGACGAGGAUUGUUCUGGUGGGAGAGGCGGGCAGAAAUGGAGCGCUGGUGAAAGCACUGCAGGCCGUCAGAGUAAUGGAGGUACCGGUGGUAAAGAUAAAAGAAGCAGAGGCGGGUGCCGAGGAGAAAAUGAUGAUAAAAUCUAUAGUCAAUAUGGACAUCAGCUGCCCGUGCAUAAUUACAGACAGCGUCCAGGAGUUUGGGGAUGGAGAGAAUACUGAUUAUGAGACGGUGUUCGUCCUCACGGACUUCGAUUCUCCUGACUACAGCUACCUCUACAAACGUGACAACCGCAUCAUCGGGCCUCCCGUUGUGCUGCACUGUGCUGCGAAGGAGGAACCUCUACAGUUCUCAUGUCGUCCUCUCUACUCCACCACAAUGCUGAACCUGUCGCUGUGUUUCACCGGCUUCAGGAACAAAGAGGAAAUGAAGAACUUAGUGAAUCUGGUUCAUCACAUGGGUGGGACCAUCCGGAAAGACUUUAGCACCAAGGUUACUCAUCUCAUCGCCUACUCCACUCAUGGAGAGAAAUACAGGCUGGCAGUGUGCAUGGGGACACCCAUCCUCACUCCAUCAUGGAUUCUCAGGGCCUGGGAAAGAAGAGAUGAUGUGUACUUCCAUGCAGGAGAAGAGGAGUUUCGAACAGAGUUCAAGGUGCCUCCGUUUCAGGACUGCGUCCUCAGUUUUUUGGGUUUCUCAGAUGAAGAGAAGGCCAACAUGGAAGAGAGGACUCUUAAACAUGGUGGCAGUUAUCGUGAAGUCGGAGAUGAGAGGUGUACACACAUGGUGGUAGAGGAAAACUCAGUGAAGGAGCUGCCGUUCUGUCCCUCAAAGAGACUCUUUGCGGUCAAACAGGAGUGGUUCUGGGGAAGUAUUCAGAUGGACGCUCGAGCGGGAGAGUCUAUGUACCUCUAUGAAAAGAAUGACAGCCCAGCCAUGAAGAAGGCAGUUUCCCUCCUGUCCAUCACCACCCCCAAUAGUAACCGUAAACGCAGGCGUCUAAGGGACACCUUGGCUCAGCUCACCAAGGAGACAGAGAUCUCACCAUUCCCCCCGCCACGCAAGAGGGCAUCAGCAGAGCACAACCUGUCCUUGGCCUCACUGCUGGACAUAUCAAACACCCCCGAGGCUUGCAAAGCUUUGGCAGAAGAUAGAAUAGGGUACAGUUCAAAGAGCAAAGGAGCCGACACUGUGACCAGAAAUAGGAGGAGGAGAACCAGGGAAAGGAGGACUAGGACAGACAGGGAAGGGAGGAGGAAAAGGUCCCUUCGACAACCACAGGAGGGACAGCAGCAGCCAGGAACUUCUACAGAGAGUUCGAAGCCAACCAAGAGUUCAACUCCGGUUCUGUCCAAGCAGUCAGCCAGGUGGCAGGUCUCCAAAGAGCUCUACCAGACUGAGAGCAACUAUGUAGACAUUUUAAGCACCAUCCUACAGCUUUUCAAGCUUCCAUUGGAAAAAGAGGGGCAGGUGGGCGGACCCAUCCUGGCCCAAGAAGAAAUGAAGACAAUAUUCGGCAGCAUUCCGGACAUCUACGAGGUUCACACCAGAAUAAAGAGUGACCUUGAAGAACUCUUGACAGACUGGUCAGAGGACAGGAGUGUAGGAGACAUCAUUCUCAAAUAUUCUAAAGACCUGGUGAAGGCCUAUCCACCCUUUGUCAACUUUUUUGAAAUGAGCAAGGAGACUAUUGUUCGGUGUGAGAAACAAAAGCCACGCUUCCAUGCUUUUCUCAAGAUCAACCAGGCCAAGCCAGAGUGUGGCAGGCAGACACUUGUGGAGCUGCUCAUCAGACCUGUACAGAGGUUGCCCAGUGUGGCCCUUCUUCUUAACGACAUAAAGAAACAUACGUCAGAUGACAACCCAGACAAGAUAACGCUGGAAAAAGCAAUCGAGUCUCUUAAAGAAGUCAUGACUCACAUCAACGAGGACAAGAGGAAGACUGAAGGCCAGAAGCAGAUCUUUGAUGUCGUUUAUGAAGUCGACGGCUGUCCUGCAAACUUGCUGUCCUCCCACCGGAGCCUCGUUCACCGGGUGGAAACAAUCGCCCUGGGAGACCAACCAUGUGACCGUGGAGAACAUGUCACACUCUUCCUCUUCAAUGACUGCCUCGAGAUUGCAAGGAAGCGACACAAGGUGAUCAAUACAUUUAAGAGUCCGCUGGCACAGGCGAGACCACCAGCGCCACUGAAACACAUCGCGCUCAUGCCGCUGUCUCAGAUUCGAAGAGUCCUGGACCUGCAGGAUUCAGAUGAGUGUGUGAAUGCAUUCGCCCUGGUGGUUCGCCCUCCAACCGAACAGGAGAACUUGUUGUUCAGCUUCCAGCUGACCGGAGAGGAUACGGUUAAAAGCGCCUGGCUGCGAACACUUUGCCGCCACGUCGCCAACACCAUCUGCAGGGCUGAUGCGGAGGACCUGAUUCAGUGUACAGACCCAGACUCACUACAGGUCAGCACCAAGGAUAUGGACAGCACUCUGAGCAAAGCCUCAAGGGCCAUCAAGAAGACCUCUAAAAAGGUGACAAGGGCUUUUUCUUUCACGAAGACCCCAAAGCGUGUGAUCCAGAGGGCGUUCAUGGCCAGUGGCACUCCAGAUGAAAAAAGCCAGAGGCUAAGUUGUGAAAACCGUGCCGGCAGCAGCUCCACACUGGCUAUGUCCCGAUCUGCCUCAACGUUCAGUUUGAGUGAUUCUGCCAAGAGCAGUGCCGUGGUGCAGCGCUCUAAUUCUCUGGAUCAUCCUCCCGUCAGAGCGAGAGUCCCUGUGUGUAUGCGCACCCCCUGCAGCCCAGUCCAAAAUCCUGCCCAUAGCCCCCGCCCCAACACUGCGUCUGAGUUCAAUCAAAGCCUCCGCCCCAACUAUUGCCCCACCACCCAAGAACGCAAGUCCAUCCUUCAUGCUCCAGUAUCGAACCAGCCAGAUCCAAGUGUCCACACUUCCCAGGAGACCACCUCUUCAUCCCGUCCAACUUCCCUUUCAGUUCCAGCUGUCCGAAACUCGAAAACCUCCCAGCCAAAAUCUAGCCAGCCUAUCUCCAGACACCUACCCUCUGUAGGGUUCCAGCCUAGGUCCCUGGUUCCUCAGCCAGUUAAUGUCAAAGGCAGGACCUUUUCUGAGUCAUGCAGGGAUUCCGAAGUCCCCUCAGACCCACGCAAGGCUGUCCUGACGAGUCCUCGCAGGGAGACUCUGCUCUAAACCAUCGCUAAGCUCAGUCCCGGAGUCUGACGCACACCAUUCUCCCUCCAUGGUCAAUCUGUCUUCCAUGUUUGAGCGGAAGUACCACACAUUCAGUCGUUCAAGCACUCACCUCUUCUGAAAUGCUGCUGUCCAGUAGCACCAGCUAGAGUCGACCCAUCUUCUCCUUCUGCCUUGACUGCCGCUAACAGCGAGAGUUAACCGGACAUGUGUAUGUGCAUGUGUAUAAAGUUGAAGCUACUUGUAAAGUAUGGCAAACUAGUAUUUGUCCAUGCUGGAGCUCUACAAAGACUUUUCCACAUUUCGAAAAAUGCACUGAGGCCAGGGACAUACUUGAGUCUGAUAUGUGGCAGUAUCUGACUUUCAGCUACUGAGCUGAACCAAGGCCAAGUAGGUUCAAACAAUAAACCAGUUGUUCAUCAACCUGACGUGUUCAUCUAGAAUGUCUGUUGCCAAGAACUCGCUGGAAGGAUUUAAUACCCUUCUUGUUUUGACAAGGCAGUUUGGCACAUCUUUCCAAACAUGUACAAUGCUUAAAUUGAGACUAUCAAUAGGAGCUAACUGGAACGGUACUAUACCAUGCUCGGGGGGACAUGUGUGUGAUUAGCACUGGUUGUGGUAAGGUUGGCCUUGCCAUCUAAAAAAUGAAGGAAGCUCUGCUUUGUGUCUGCAGUUGUUAACAGAUUAUCUUGAUUUAACUGAUUUUUACUUAAACAGAGACUUGUUGCAUUUCGUGUUUAAACGUUCGGCUUUCUGGUUGUUUAACAUUGUUGCCAUUGUUCAGUGAAGCGUUAACACUAACUAACUAUAGACCGAGUGAACAUCAUGUCUUUCCUCUGGUUUUUAAUCUCUGGGAAAGUAAAAUAACAUUUAAGUUUAGACAUUGAGGUGUUUCUGUUUAACAGAUGCAGGUUGUUGUGCUUUGUGUGUUUAAUGUACUCAAGUUAAAGUUACAAGGUUGAACUCAUUUUCCCUUUUACUGUGUUGAAGCUUUUUAAAACUUACUGUGUGAGAGAACCUUUAUAUUAACUGACAUUUAAUGUUUUAUUGUAGUGGAGUAGACGUAAUUUCACCUGAUAUUAUAUUAUGAUUAAUCCACCUUCAAAAUAUAAACCUAUGAUAGCUUCCAGCUUUUAUAAAGCUUCUAUUUUAGCA